CGUCAAAGACUUUCAGCCAGAAAUAAUUCGUCGCUGGGGAUAUCCGGUAGAAGUCCACUACGCGGUCACCCGAGACGGCUAUAUUCUCGAGAUGCAUCGCAUCCCCCACGGGAAGACCGGUGCGGCGCCAAACACCAAACGUCCUGUAAUGUUUCUGCAGCACGGCUUGGAUGCAGCAGCAGCAACUGGGUGAUGAACCUGCCAAAACAGAGUGCAGGUUUCAUCUUUGCUGAUGCCGGUUUCGAUGUUUGGAUGGGGAAUAUGCGUGGAAACAAAUAUUCCAAGAGCCACGCCUUUUUAGAUCCUAUGUCCAGCGAUUUCUGGAAUUUCACAUGGGACAGCAUGGCACAAUACGAUCUGCCGGCGAUGAUCGACCAAGUGCUGCUCGUCUCUGGCCAGGAGCACGUCUACUACAUCGGCCAUUCCCAGGGCACCCUCACCAUGUUUGCCAAGCUUUCUAUGGACACCGCAUUUUCCAAAAAGAUCAAGAUGUUCUUCGCACUGGCCCCGAUCCUUACUGCGGCACAUGUCAAAGGUUUGCUGAAGACCCUGAUUGCGGAAGCCCCGCCAGAGCUUACAAGUCGAAUUCCUGUUUACUUUUCCCAUUUUCCUGCUGGAACAUCGUCCCUGAACAUGUUACACUGGGUUCAAAUGGUCCGAACGGGUGCAACAGCCCGUCUCGAUCGCGGAGCGGAAACAAACAUAGCCACAUAUGGGCAGGGAAGUCCUCCCACGUAUAAUUUUCGGGAUAUUCCUAGAAUUCCCAUCUAUCUCUUCUCAGGAGGGAAUGAUUGGAUCGCCGUUGAUGAAGACACUUAUGGUUCCUCAUUUACCACAAUCGGACCCUGUUACUCUCAGGGUAGCUCAGCCCCGUCAGCCUUCAUCCUCUAUGAGAAAAGUAGCACAUUGAUUUUUUCGCAGCUUCACCUGGCCGAAGACAAUCCACUUCGACUUCGUCUUCGGUGGUGCGAGCAUCUGUUGACGUCUACAAGCCUUAUCAUGAUCUCAUCCAGAAGAGCUUCAAUAAAAGCUCGACGACAAGUGCACUCAUGCCCAGUAGAUCUCACGUUGAAACCUCUAUUUUGA